AUGGACUCUGGAGCUGAGACUACUGGAGCUGGGGCUGGGGGUGGUGAGUUUGGGGUUGCCCGCUCUCCCUCGUCUGGCUACACCCCCGGGUUUCCCACCUCUGCCGUCCUUCGCCGCCUCUGCAGCCUGCUGCUUGUGACACUGGUGCUGGGACUGAGGGUACUGAGCCUGGGGGUGCUGGGACUGAGGGUACUGAGGACCGAGAGUUUUGACUCUGGGGGUGCUGCGAGUCCUUCUGGUGUUGGUGUCGUCGGAGCUCCUACCGGAGGACCUGGAGCUGUUGGUGCUGGAGGUGCUGGAGUUGCUCAGGGUACUGGAGCUGCUGUUGGUGCUGGUGCUGGAGGUCCUGGAGGUGGUGUUGGUGCUGGAGGCCGUGGGGCUGCUGGUGCUGGAGGUACUGGAGGUGCUGCUGGUGCUGGAGGUGGGAGAGCUGCUGGUACUGGGGGUACUGGAGGAGCUGCUACUGCUGGAGCUGGAGGUGCUGGAGGCGCUGGAGGUUCUGGAGGUGCUACUGGUGCUAGAGGACGUGUAGCUACUGGGGCUGGAGGUGCUAGAGGUAUUGGAGGUCCUGGUGAAGCUACUGGUGCUCUUUGCCACCUCCUCAGUCUUCAGUCAGGUGCUACUGGCUUCCCUGUGGCAGUCACUGACUGA